AUGGUAACUACUGGGGAAAGUAUCGAGCAGAACGGCGAGCAGAAUGUCGAAGCAGAAAAUGGCAACACGACCAGCUCAGAUUUGGAGCAGGAUAAAAUACAGGUUCAAAAUUUUUUCAUUUGAUGCCGUCUCGCAGAAAUAUGAGUAUUUGAGAAAAAAGAAGUGAAACAAAACCUCUUUUUUUUUCAAAAAAAAGUUUGAAUUUGAAAUUUAGACUGUGAAAAGUGGAGUGAAAAAUUGAAUAUGUUUUUUAUUAAAAUUUUUACAUUCUGGAAUAAACUUCUUUCCGACCAUUUCUAGUUAUUUUUCGUUUCAGAAGUUGAAAGCUCGUAUACCAACCCCAGAAGUAGCCGACAAUGAAAAUGAAGAGGAAGGUGUUGCGAACAGAAGCGACUCGAAUGGUUCCGCCAUCCGUUCAAACGGAGUUCAGGAUGAGAAUUCAUCGACAGACGCUGAAGAUGUAAGAGAUUUAAGAAUUUAAAAAAAUAUCAAUAAGAUCCCCGAAAUACGAUUAUAGCCCAUUUUUCCUCUGCUUGUUUUGUUUUUUUAGGCAAAAAAGAAUGUAUCUAAAAUUUGACCAAACUUCGCUUCAAGACCUUUGCCUUUUGCUGGGUUUUUUUGAUGUUUUGUAGGGCAAAAAAGCUGUUUUACGGUGUCGUUAUUUCUGGUGUGCUUGCAAAACGUGACCUGUUCCCGCGAAAAACUAUAUUUUUUAGCGCAACGAUCGAGAAGAGAAAAUGGAGGGAGUUGACAGUGGGAAUGGUACUACGGUCGCUGACGACGACGAAGCUGUUCCUUCAACUUCUGACGCCAAAAAUGAUGAAAAUAAUGAAGAGGUUGAAAUGAAAGGUUGAUAAAGAUUAUCAAAAUGUAGUAUGUUCAUUUUUUUUUUAGAAGAUGACGAAGCCGUGACUAACGGCCGAGCUGAUGCGACGACUUCUGAAGGUGCAGCAGAGCUUCCGAAGACCAACGGAACGGCAAAAGAGGCGUCAGAAGAGCCACCGUCGACGAAUGGAGCGCAGAAGCGAGUGGUCGAAUGCAUCGAUUUAGACGACGACGAACCGGUCGCCAGCGAAGAGCCACAGGCCAAAAAGUUAGUUAUUUACUUUUCAUUAAGAAAAACUUGUUCUUAGAAAAUUGUCUCAUUUACUAACUUCAGAGCCAAAGUCGACGCCGACGACGAUAUCGAGGACGUUACUCCCAGUCCCGCUCCGAAGGCGGAGAAAAAGGAGGUUGAUCUAUCAGUGUUUUCGCUUUUAUGAUUCAUUCGAUUCCAGGAAGACUCAGAGUUGAAGAAGACGGAGCCUCAACUGACCAGCCCUGAAGCUCUUCUGAAUAAGUUGGAAGGCUACGUGGCUGAUGUAAACUCUCGAAAUUAUAGUUCUUUUAUUCACUUCCGAGAAUUUAGGCGAUUGAAAACGAGAAAAACGUCCAAAGGAAACUUCUCGACGCGCUUCUGGGAGCCAUUAACCUGCAGGUGCAGAAAGAGCCCCUCAGCGUCCGGAAACUGAUUCUGGACAAGCAACUCGUUCUUCCCAACACCAUCUCUUUCCCGCCAAGUCAAGUGAGAUAAUUGGUACCGAAUUUAAUUAUAUUGUAUGGGUUUGAGGUCGUCGACCUCCUGAUUGAGCAUGAUCCGGAGUUUCCUCUCUCGAAAGUCGUCCACAAAAUGUUCGGGGACGAGCGGCCGAAACUGAGCGACGCCGAGAAAAAAGAACGCCAGCUUCUCAAGGUUCUUACUUGGAUUCUGAACUUAGAACUUUAUUCUUCUUGUUGAAAAAAAAACACUUUAUGAAUUUUUUUGAUGGAAUAUUGAAAAAAAUAUCUUUUUAAAAAGAGUUUUUUUGAAGUAGUUAUAAAACUGAAUUUGAUUUAUAAAAAAAUUUGAAAUAAAUAAGCAUGAAAUAAAAAGCGAUUAGAAAGCCAAUUUUAAUCGCUUUGUUCAUCUUUCUGAUAAGGGGUAGAAAUAAAAUAGUUUUUCAGAGAACUUCCGAAUUACCUUCCUACUUUUUGAAAAACUUGUCCUUUUGUUUAAAAAAAAAGCUAUGAAAGACAAUAAUCAUAUCCUGAAAUCUAAAAAGUCAGCAGAAAACAAAAACUUUGCUUGCAAAAUGUUUUUAGGGCUCUCAAAACUUGAAUUUUCCUUUAUUCAUUUGUGAAAAUUAAAAAUGAACAACUUUUUUUGCAGGCCCACAGCGUCGUGCCGCACAUGACCAAGAUCCUGAUGGACAUUGGCCAGGACCUCGUUCAGGAAGCCACCUACAGCGACAUAGUCCACGCCAGGAACUUGCCGGAAACUCCGAAGAACAUCGACACCUACAAACAGGUCUCAACUCGUCUCGUUUCGUCAUUUUAUUGUAAUUUGUGUUUUAAAGGUUGCCGCACAGCUCAAACCCGUAUGGGAAACUUUGCGGAAAAAGAACGAGCCCUACAAAAUGCCGCAACUUACCUGCCAGGUAACAAGGAGUGCUAAUGAAUUUAGUACAUCUGAGAAAUAAGUUUUAACUGAAAAAAAAACCACAAUUAAAAUUUUCUUUGUCAAGAAAAAGUUUUCUCUUUGAAUGCCAUAUUGAGAUUUUUUGAUAGAAUAUGAAGAAAGUCAUUUUCGAAAGUAAUAGUUCCUACGUUUCAGGCGAAAAAUAUAUAUUCUUCUCCUUUUUUUAACUCAAUUAAUGGAUUUUUUGAAACAAGAAAAAGUUUUUCUUUUAGACACGUUCAUAUGGUUAUUUUAUGAAAGGAUGUUAUUUUUCAUUCUUCAAACGCAUUCUCAAUAUUUACUAAGUUGAUAUGUUUCUUGAUUCACUUUUAUUUGCCUGAAAUGAAAAGAGAAAACCACAAAAAGAGGGAAAACGAAGAUUUUAGUUCAAAAAAAAAACUCCUUCGACAGCACGCUACACUUUUCCUCAACUUUUUUCACUGACAAUGUUUUUUGAAAACUAAAAUAUCUGAAAACUAGAGCAACGUUAGGUAUAAAGAUCGACUUUUUUCUCCAGUUUAUUCGGAAGUUUUCCAGGUGUGUGGCUUCAAAUCGGAAUCGCGGCUGGUGAUGAUGAACCAUCGGUCGCAGACGCACAUGAAGGGCGGCAAAUAUCAGUGCGCCAUGUGUCCCGAGUACGACACCAACGAGCAGCGGCUCAUUCAACAUUACUUGUCAGUUUCAGAAUGGACUUUUAGUUUUAACGUAAUAUUUAUGAAUUAUUGAUUUCAAGGACUAGUGCUAAGAAUCGGACAGAACUGCAGAUAAGACAAAAAAGGAUGAAAAAAUUUCCGUAGAGUUUUGGAAUAAAAAGAAUUAUCGAGGUGUUUUUAUUAUUGAAAAACUGGUGAUUUUAACUGAAAUGAGAUCUCAAAUUUCGCUCUAAAAAUUGGAUCUCAAACCGUGGAAAAACAAAAUUCGAAAAUGUACUAAAAUUUGCCGAAGUCUUUGAAUGGUAGGCCGCAAAUCGUCACCCCAAGAUCCAGCUCGUCUAUGUUAAUUUUCCUCAAUUUAUAAGUGAUUCAGUUGCUUUUCGCUUUCUCAAAAUUACAUCCAGUUGUGUUCAUUCCAGAGAAGCUCAUUUGGUGAUUGCGACGAAAGAAGAUCGCGACACGAAGCAGCCCUGCUACAUUUGCGACGAGGACUUUGUCUACAAAGGUCUUCGCGACGCCCACAUGAAGCAGUGCAAGAAGGACUACGCUCGCGUCCGCAAUAUCAUGGCUCCUAAGGUUAGUUUUUUUCGUUUUUUUCAAAAAAAUAAAAAAAUAGAUAAAUAGAUAAAUAAGAUGAACUCCUUUAGUUGACAACAACUCUUAGACAAAAUUUUCAAAAAGACUGUAAAAUUCGACUUUCACCUUGUUGUUUUCGCCUGAAAAAAGAUGCGAAAAUAUUAUUGUUAUAUCCUUUUCUCGUUUCUUCAAUAAUUUUCUUUUAAAGGGCUAUCUUGACGUCAAAUUUUUGCUUUUUCACAGCCUGAAGACGCGUUGACGAUCAAUCGAUGGCUGUGGGACCGACCUCCAAUAGAUCCGACGAUUCUGCAGCAACAACAGGCCGCACAAGCUCAAGCGGUUCGUUUUUCUAAAUUAUAAUUUAUAUAUAUAUAUUUUUUUCAUUCUACGAACCUUUUUUUAGUCGGUAAAUUUGAAAUUUAGUAGUUUUUCGUCACUAAAAAAAUGAAGCGAAAUUUUUUUCAGAAUUUUUUUAGAGUUUUUCGAAUUUCCCUUCUCUCAAUUUGUAGUUUAUAUGAAAGAUAUUUAAGAAGUUUUUAUACUAAGAAAGUGAUAAGGCUUUAAUCUCUGCAAAACUUCCUAACUUUUAUUCUCUUAACGAGGAGGUAUUUUAAAUGGAAACGUUUGUAAAAGUUUGUGCAAAUUGAAAUGCGUUUUGCAUUGCAAAAAGCUUAAUUUACGCGCGAAAUGACUUGAUUUUUUUUCUUAGAUGUCUGGAAUUUACAGAAAACUCGUGAAAAGAUCUUUGUAGUUAUGAAUGAAGACGCCUCAUAGUGGCUACCUGCGUAAACUUUCAAUUUUUAAUUUUUUUUUUUUUAGAAAAUGCCAAUUUUUCCUGUAAGAAUGCGUUAUAAAAAAAUAGUGCAAAAUUUGGGAAAAUAACUUUAUUUUCAGAUGCAAAAGAAGCACCAGCAGCAGCAGGCGGCGACGCAGCAGGCUCAGUUGACGGCGAUCCGCCAGCGCCAGCAACAGGCCGCCGCUGCGACUUCCCAACAGACGGCCAUGCUCCAGCAGCAGCUCCUCCAGCAACAGAGAGUUCGCCAGAUGACGGUUCUACUUUCUUUUCUUCACUCAUUAUAACUUGUCUUUUUUCAGCAAGCCUUCAUGAGCAGCAACCGGAUGAUCAACCAGACUCAGUUGUUAGCCGGUGAGAGAAAAUGAUCUUUUUCAUAAGGAACUUCUCCGGUUUCAGCGAUGCAGCAACACAUCCAACGAACGAGUGGAGCUGGACGAGGGGCGACUGUGCCGGGCUUGGGGACGCCGAUCGCCGCGGCCUCCGUCGCCCUGCUUCAGAAGCAGCUUCAGCAGCAGCAGCAAGCCCAGGCUCAGGCUCAGAAGGCUGCUGCCACUCCUCCUGGCCUUGGAAGAAAGUCUUCUUCGGUAUCCCCAAGUUAACUUUUCGAGUAUUUAAUCUGGAGCUCCAGACGCCUUCCGCCAAGACCCCGACUACGAGUGGUUCACCUACUCAGUGCGAAAUCUGCGAUCAGGCCGUCGCUGAGAAGGAAAAGUACCUCGUUCAUCUCCAGGUUUGGUUCAAAACCUUCGAAAUAAAUUUUGUUAAGGGACCCAUGUGAAAAUUAAAAGUUAUAAGUACUUUUAUUCUAUAACCUUGAUAAGAUCGUAUCCAUUGUUCGAUCGGACGAAAUAUACUAAUAUAAUAGAUUCAGAAAUAAAUAUAGUAGAAAAGGCGCACUACUUUAAAAAUGGUCUUCGGCGUGAGAUCUUCAAAUUUCCGAUGUUGCUUUCUCAAAAAAUACAGCAAGCUGCUAUGAAUCGACUAGAUUGUUCGACGCCGAAUUAAAAAUUAUAUACCAGAUUUUUUUUUUCAGUUGAGAUAUCCAUUACAUCCAGCACCUCCGUAAAAAAAAAAAAAGAAAACUUACCAGUUUGAAGAUUUUCAUUAGUUUUUUUGAUUAAACAAAGCUCUUUUUGCAGACUUUCCACAAGCAAAUGAUCGGGAAGUCGGUGGCGGACAUGACGCAGGGCGCUCCAUUGGCUUGCAGUCGGUGCCGCGACCGAUUCUGGACUUACGAAGGCCUCGAAAGACAUCUGGUCAUGUCCCACGGCCUCGUCACCGCCGAUUUGCUUCAAAAAGCCCAGAAGAAGGAGGACGGCGGCCGUUGCAAGCUCUGCAGCAAAGUACGUUUCUCAGCUCUUUUUUCGUCUUUUCUUUUCUAUUUUGUAAAUUAUAAUUUUUCUUCAUAUCAAAAAAAAAUAUCUGAAUUUGCUGAUUUUUUGGAGACGAUUUAUAAGAAUUUUUUUUAGCAAUAUGCCUUCAACAUGCUGCAGCACUUGGUCGCCGAUCAUCAAGUCAAACUUUGCUCUGCGGAAAUUAUGUGAGUUUACUUUUUUUGUUCACUUAAAACAGUAAAUUUAAAGUUCAACGCUGAUUUUUUUGUGAACAAGUAUAAUGUUUUUGUCCAAUUUUUUUAGUUCUAAAUAUUUUUUUAGAUAGAAUUUUGAAUUUUUAUGGGAGAAAUCCUGAACCUUAAGCCGAAAAAUAUAGACUGGAGUGAUUUUGAGGAAAACUAGGUCACCGCAAAAAUGUGGAAGUUUUUGUGUUUCGCGCAAUAAAAAAGAGACCACCUGGCACAUUGGAAAAUUUAUGGCCUGUGCGAUCGAUAGUACUUUAAAUUUAGACGCAAUUUAAGAGGAUUUUUUAUGUGAACAGUGAUAUUUUGAACCCAAAAAAUGGUAUGUAUGGGAAAGCUGGGAAAAUCACACCUUUGAGAUCUUUUAACCUCCUUUUUUCUGCGUACGGGAAAUAGUCGAGAUAAACUUGUUCCUCUUUCAAAGAGGUGAUUUUAUUUGAAUGAAUGAAAAGCUAUAGGAAAAGCUCGUCCGCUAACUAGAUUCAAAUCCUGAAUUCAAAUCUAUACAGUUUUCCAUUUUCUGAAAACCGAUGCUUUGAAUCGUCAUUUAUGUGCUCUCCGUUAAACUUUUGGGGUGUUAAAAAUUGUUCCACCUUUUUUUUGAGAAAAUUUCUUAGAACUUUAAACGAUUUUCCCGUUGCAGGUACUCUUGCGACGUGUGCUCCUUCAAGUGCACGAGCUACCAAAUUCUGGAGGUGCACCUCACGUCGAAGCAUCCGAAGGGCGGCGCGCCGGUCGCCGACCGCCCUCAAGCCGAAAAGGCUCGUUGAUUUCUUGUUCCUUGACACUUUGUCUCCUCGAACUUCCCGUCCUUCUUUACUGUUCCUCUUCGUGUCUUUUCUAACCUUCUACCUGUCCGAAGAUCAGCUUCUGACCUUUCUGUGUAUAAUUGUCUAUGACUAUGUGUAGGUUAUAACCGUUGUUCAUCAAUAAAUUAUGAUUCUUAGCGUGGAGUGGAGUUCUUUCAGAUUGAGACAACCUAACCGAAGAAGUUGAAGUAAAAUUUAUUAAUAAUUCAUGUCGCUUCACUAAUUUUUGACUCUAGAUUUCUAACCAUGGAAUUUUGAGCUUGAGUUUGAUUUUUUAGAAGGCUCUGGUGUGAUUUUUUUUUUUUCAAUGCUUGUACAUAAUAUUAUAAUUUUUUCAAUCACACGUCGAAAUAAUUUCUUAACGUCAGAAGUGUCACCAAAACAAAAAGUAUCAUAAUUUUUUCCCAUAUUUUACCUUAUUUUUCUACAAAUCGGAUCCCAAAACCGUAAUGAAAGCUGUGUUCAGGCCAAGGACGAUUGUAUAACGCUGGACGAUUAA